AAAGCAGCGGAUCAAAAUCAAACUGCCCAACAUUGCCAACAACGCCUCGAGAAUUUACUUCAGAAUUUUAUUGAAAAGAGAGAAUUAGAAAUGAUGGAAGCGAAGGAGCCGGAGAUUAAGUUAUUUGGGAGGAAGAUUGUGUUACCGGAGAACGGGAAAGUCAUAGCCGGCGAGUACUCCGACGAGAUUUCCGACGAGAGUAGUCGUGGGAUGGAGUCGGAUCGUUGUUUGGAUGAUGAAAAAGUGAUAGUAACUCGACAAGGGGAAGAAGAUACUGUAACUGGAAAGUCAGAUGAAGAAAAGCAGCAAAAUAAGGAGGACCAAAUAGCUGGAGAAUUCUGUGAAAGUACGGCACAAGAUGAUGAUGACCAUCAAGCUGCGUCUAAGGAGUCAGGGAAUCCUACUACUGUGUUAGAGUCAGCUGACAAUCCUAAAAUUCCCUCCAUUGUUGAAGAUGAUGCAUCGGAAAAUCUGCCCAAAAACGAAAAUGAUCAAAAUGAUUCGACAAAUCCACAACAAAAGACUCUGAAGAAGCCUGACAAACUACUUCCCUGCCCCCGUUGCAAUAGCAUGGAUACAAAGUUUUGUUACUACAACAAUUACAACGUUAAUCAACCUCGUCAUUUUUGCAAGAGCUGUCAGAGAUAUUGGACGGAUGGGGGUACAAUGAGGAAUGUUCCUGUGGGAGCUGGUCGUCGUAAGAACAAGAAUUCUCUCUCUCAUUGUCGUCAAAUUACAAUCUCUGAAGCCCUCCAUGCAUCAAAAAUUGACGUUCCUAAUGGUUUUCAUCAUCCGACAUUUAAACCAAAUGGCACUGUCCUGUCUUUUGGUCCUGAUUCGCCUCUGUGUGAAUCUAUGGCUUCUGCUUUGAAUCUUGCGGAGAAAAAAUUACCUAAUGGUAUUCAAAACGGGUACUGUAAAAUGGAUCGAGGGGCCUCGGUUUCCUGCAGAGGUGGAGAAAAUGGCGAUGAUUGUUCUAGUGGUUCGUCCUUGACUACAUUGAAUUCAAUGGGAGAUGGAGUAAAAAAGGGGCUCCAAGAGCCGAUGAUGAAAAAUGUAAAUGGCUUUCCUACUCCAGUUCCUUGUAUUCCCGGGGUUCCUUGGCCUGUACCUUGGAAUUUUGCUGUUCCUGUGCCAGCCAUUUGUCCUCCGGGAUUUCCCAUGCCAUUCUACCCGGCACCCUACUGGAAUUGUGGCGUUCCCAGUGCUUGGAAUGUUCCAGGGUUAUCAGUACCAUCUCCUACAGCAAAUCAAAAGAAAUCAAGUUCUGGUCCAGACUCACCAUUGGGGAAGCACUCGAGGGACGGGGAAUUGAUUAAGCCAAACUACCAAGAAGGCAAAGAAUGUGCGUCAGAGAAGAAUUCGGGAAGCUCAAUUGUAAUUCCAAAAACUUUGAGGAUUGAUGAUCCUGAUGAAGCUGCAAAGAGUUCCAUUUGGGAAACGCUUGGGAUCAAGUACGAUUCCAUUAGCAGGGAAGAACUUUUUAAGGCCUUGCAACCAAAAGGCGACGAGAAAAAAUCCCUUGUCUCGCCCUCCCCUGUAUUGCAGGCUAACCCUGCUGCAUUCUCUCGAUCCAUUAGCUUCCAGGAGACUGCCUGAAGGGUGGUUUUUCUUGAGUAUCAUCAAGUAGUUAAAAAGCUGUUGAUUCAUCUCCUGAGAAAAUAUUUAACCUCGACUGACUUCUUGGGACGAUAAUUCGAAGCCUCAAGUAGACUACUUGGGAUGUUCAGUAAAGGCUGCAGAUUCAUGCCUCUGUAAAAUGGGGCAUAUUUUGGAGAAGCCAUAGCAAAAACUGCAGUUUGUACCUUGUAACAUUAAGCAGAUGUCUUUGUUUUACCUUUGGUGAGUGUGUUUUCAUGUACAUUGUAGGAUAAUACUGACAGAACGAGAGUGAAAUAUAUUUUAACUAAAUGCAGAUGCUGUGUAAUGUAAUUUAACCCUUUUAGUGUCCCUUGAAAAGUAGUUUGAAAAGUGGCUCUUUUUUUCUCAAUGAUAGCAACUUUUCUUGUGCAA